UACCUCCUUCCGGUAUAAAAAGAGAAAAUUGUGUCUUCUCUAACUGCUCGACUGCUUUGACAACUUUGAGUUUAUGGUACAGGGGGAAGGUGGGGACAACGGAGAGAAAGAAAUGGCGAUAGUGGCACCUCCGGGCCCGGAGACGGAGACUCAAACUGAGAAAAAAGGAAACCCUAAUCCUUCCGAUGGUCUGAAUCUUUCAGGGACCCCACUUGUUUGCCUUAUGAGGUUCGCUGGCGAUUCGGCCACCGGUGCUUUCAUGGGUUCAAUCUUCGGCUACGGUUCAGGAUUAUUAAAAAAGAAAGGUUUUAAAGGAUCUUUUGUGGAGGCAGGAUCUUCUGCCAAGACAUUUGCAGUUUUAUCUGGAGUCCAUAGUCUGGUUGUCUGUUUCUUGAAGAGGCUACGCGGAAAAGAUGAUGUCAUAAAUGCGGGUGUAGCUGGAUGUUGCACAGGCAUUGCUUUAAGUUUUCCAGGUGCACCACAGGCUCUUCUUCAAAGUUGCCUCACCUUUGGGGCCUUCUCUUUUAUUAUUGAAGGGAUGAAUAAGCAGCAGCCGGCACUGGCACAUUCACUCUCAAUGAGCAAGAGUAGCUACACACACAAUGUUCUGCCUCCGUUUACACUCCCACUACCCAAUAAUCUAAAAGAAGGCUUCUUUUUAUUUUGGCAAUCCUUAAAACAACCCAAGAAGGGUGCAUACCCAUCCACCAGCUAGAAAUCUCAGAUUUACGACUUUCUGGGGCAAAAAAAAUCGCAGGUACCUUGAUGAACAUCUCUCUAGACAUUUUCUUAAGUGGUUAGUGCCAUCUGAACGUUCUUAAAUUUUGGAUUUGGAGGCUGAAGGUUUGGCAUAAGGGGUUUUCAGUUCUGAUCCGACAGUUUGAAUACUCGAUGGCACACUGCCCAUCUAUGUUUUGAAACUGCCCUUUUUAAAUUGGGAGAGGGUAAUGUGGAAACUUAACUUGUAAGCUGAAUGAAAUAGUCUUUUCUUUCAUUGUGAUUUUGUAUGCCAGUGGAUCAAAAAGCCAAUUAAGGGCUGGUUAUAUUCUUGGAUCAUUCAAUUGUUUUAAAAAGAGCCAGCAAUUGACUCUACA